UGCAUUUUGGAAGUGAACUUUUUCCACCUGGGGAAACAUAACUACACCCGGAACUGUAAUUUGUUGAUUAAGUUUCCACCCGAACCCUUCAUGGUGACACACAAGCGGUGCGUGUGUUUUGAGUCUGAUACCGAGAUGCCAAAGAAAGGAAGAAAAUGGAAUAAAUGUGAUGGACAGCAGGAGGAGGUGCCUGUCAAACAGAAGAAAGCUUCAGCUGCUUCUGGUCCUCUGUGCUUUGAUUCGCCGCGUGAUUUCUUUCAGAGUCUCAUCAGUCCCAUGAGUGUGGAUGAGUUUUUCCAGCAGUACUGGGAGCAGAAACCUUUAGUCUUACACAGAUCAGAUGCUGGACUUGCCUCUUAUUACCGCUCUAUGUUCCAGCUGUCUGAUCUAGAGCAGCUUUGCUCUCAUGGGCUGCAGUACGCCACAGACCUCAAUGUCUGCCGCUGCGUAAACGGUGAGAAGAAAGUCCUUAAUAAAGGUGGACAAGUGAAGUUUAGCCAGCUGAAGAAGGACUUCGAGCAGAAGAAGGCCACCAUACAGUUUCACCAGCCACAGAGGUUUAAGGAUGAGUUGUGGCGCGUUCAGGAGCGCCUGGAGUGUUUCUUUGGCUCUUUAGUCGGAUCUAAUGUAUACAUCACACCUGAGGGGUCUCAGGGUUUGCCACCACACUAUGAUGAUGUUGAGGUUUUUAUUCUUCAGCUUGAGGGACAGAAGCACUGGAGGCUUUAUAAACCUACUGUCCAUCUCGCCCGCGAGUACAGCCUAGAACCAGAGGAACAUAUUGGCACCCCCACGCAUGACUUCUUACUGCAGGCUGGUGACUUGCUGUAUUUCCCAAGAGGAACCAUCCAUCAGGCGAACACACCUUCAGGUGUGACCCAUUCCACACACCUCACUCUCAGCACUUACCAAAACAUGUCAUGGGGUGACUUCAUGCUAGAUGUGUUUCCUAGUUUUAUGUUUGAUUCCAUGAAAACUGAUGACAGAAUGCGCUGUGGUCUGCCACGAAACCUCCUUACAUGUCCUGCCUAUGGUCCUGAAAUUAAUAAACAGGUAUGCGUCUUUCUGCGGCGUUUGGCUGAUAAUCUAGAGCAGGAAAACAAGGAGUUACGCUGCACUGAUAUGAAGAGAGAUUUUAUCUCCAACAGACUCCCGCCUUACCUGUUGGACCAGACUGAUGUUGAGCCAAGUGGGAAACUGCCAUCGUUAGAGGAUUUGGUCUCUAUCAAGUUUAAAGAGCAUCUUCUUCUAACAGUGGAGCCAAGUCAAGACAACACUGAUAAGGCCACAGAGUUGGUCGUGUUCGUGUUACAUUCUUUAAAAAACAAGAGAGAAACUCACAUGAUGGGAACGUCUGAGGAUGAGGAGGAUGAUGUGCAGGGUUCACAGUUUCAGGGUGUGCGCUUCCCCUUGACGCAUCUCGCUGCCCUGAAGCAGCUGCUUAGCUCGGAGCGCGUCGCUGUGGCAGAUCUGCAGCUGUUACAGGAUGACGAUAAACUGGGACUCACGCUUGGACUCUGGAGCGAAGGGUUACUGCGUGUUUGUUAAAUAUCUAGACUCAAUGCUGCAAACUUACUGUGCAGCUUCAUUGGUCAUUUGUUUCCUGUGGACAAACUGGCACAUGUGAACAAUUUACACAGUUCAGCCAAACCGUCUGUCUGUAGCAAUGAAACGGGAGCCUUUGCAAGUCUAAACAUCUGACAUGUGUGAUGGUGACUGAUGAGAUCUUUUCAAAACUGAAUUUACAAAGGCGUCUAUUGUAGCUGAAUAAAACCAUGUUUAAUUUCCCA